CCUGUGGUCGUAUGUUGUCUGCGGAUAUAGCAUUGAUUUAUUGAUUUUCACGUUGGUACUGUCUGUGGUGUUGGGGUUUUGCAUAGUAAAAGGUUGGCGCCGUACACUUGCACGUUUUCAAAUUGUUAUCAAAGUUGUAACUUAGAACUUCAGCUUAGAAGAUGCUGGGUCUCAACAAAAUACAGUUAAAGCUUCGGGAGUUCCAGAUGUAGUGUAUUUUGAGGACAGAAGUUGUGUACAUCAGAGACUGAGCCCAGCAGACAUCCACUUAAAAUGCAUGUAUCAGAGGCUUCAUAUUUUGAAUGUGGUCCAUCAGGAAUAAAUGAAAAAACAUCUGGUUGUACUGAAACUGACACUGUUCAUAAUGGCUCUAAUGAUAUUGCCAGCAUAGGUGAAUGCAUUGUGAAAAGGGUCCAGAAAUCUAAUCAGUCAGAGCAUGAAACUUCCUCAGGAAAAGCCAGAGAUUUUAACAUAUCUUCCGAGAUCUUGGAUAAGGAGGAACUGAGAUGGGAUGAACAACGUAAAGAUACAUCAGGUGUUGACAGGAAAUGCCAAAAGGUUGAAAUUGAUGAGCCUAUUGAACCCCAUGAAGAUACUGAACAAAGACAUGGAGCUGAUGAGCAGGAAAGCAAUUUGACAGUUGCAUCAAGUAAAUUCAAAGGACUAGAACUUCAAACUGCAGAUAGCACUGAACCAUCAUCUUCAACCCAGUCAUCCCUGAGUGACGCUGCAUUAACGUCUUUUGGAGUGGCAGUAGUUGAGACUUCAUUGUGUGAUGUGCAGGGUUCUUCAUCACCCUCAGAUGUACAGCCUAAGAAACAGCCCAUGUAUGAUGAUCCAAGGCUCCCCAGGGGAUGGACAAGAAAAGUUACUCAGAGAAAGAAGGGUGCAACAACUGGAAAAUUUGAUGUCUAUAUUUUAAGUCCCGAAGGAAAGAAAUUCCGCUCAAAAAGGGAGUUGGAACGUUUUCUGCUUGCAACUGGUUCAGGUCUGAGUGCUAAUGACAUUGAUUUUUCUGUGAAUGGAAAAUGUAUCAAAGUAGAAGGAAAACCAGGAAUUCUUGACAGUGCAGUUCAGGGUUUGGAUGUAAUUGAUGGAAGAGUCGUACACGUUGAAAUGCCUUCAGAAUUAUCCACACACCUUAGCUGCAAGACUGUCCCAGAUAUCAGUGUGCAGGAACGUUCUAAGACUGAGGAGGCAGAUAAAUUGAUACAGAAUUUCUCGCCUUCCAGUUUGAUAACAAGCGAACCUUUGGGUAUAUCUCAAAGAGUAACGAGUUCUUAUUUCACUGCUCAUGGAGUUUCUAAAAGACUUUUAAGAACAGUUCGUGAUUCUGAUAUAAGCAGCAAGAAGAUCAAUAAAGUUUACAAUUCCAGUUUUCUAGAAAGUGAGCCAACGUUGCUGUAUGAAAGAAUUUGCAAAGAAGUGACUGAAGACAGGGUUCCUCCACAAUUUGAUGAUAAGAAGAUCCGGGCUAGUGUUAAUCACUUGAUUUACAAAGCUUCUCCCUGUAAUAAAAGUACAUUCAAGAUGAACUUAAUGACAAAGUGGACACCACCUCGCUCUCCUUUCAAUCUGGUGCAAGAACACCUGUACCAUGAUCCGUGGCAGCUGCUUGUCGCUACAAUCUUUCUCAAUCGGACUCAGGGUGAAGUCGCCCUUCCUGCACUGUUCAAAUUUUUUACCACCUGGCCAACACCUGAAUCAGUUAUAGAUGCAAAUCAGUUUGACAUUGCUCAGUUCUUGCGUCCACUGGGUCUACAAGACACUCGUGCUUAUGCUAUCAAGCGAAUGUCCCGAGAUUAUGUGACAAAGAACUGGAAGACUGCAAAAGAGCUGUUUGGAAUUGGGAAGUAUGGUAAUGACUCGUACAAGAUUUUUUGCAUCAAUCAGUGGAAGUCAGUAAGGCCAACAGAUGUGAAACUCAAGAGCUAUGUGGACUGGCUAUGGAUCAAUCACAAAUCUCUUGGUUUAUCGUGAACGUCAUGUCUUACGAGUUAAGGUGCUUUGGCUAAACAUUGGCCAGAUAGGAAUUAGAGUUGCCAACAUAGAUUAAUCAUCUUGCCUCAUACUUUUAAAUAUGUGUCAACCAAAAGACAGCACCGCUGUGAAUACCUCAAAUCCUACAUGCGUCAACCAGUGUGCCUCAUCCUUCGUUGCCUGCCUCUGUCUUCUAAGUCUUCGUGUUCAAACAAUUUUCCAAGUCUUCAGGAGACAUUACGUGUCUUCCUCCAUCGACAACCAUUCAACAUUCUCAAGAAGAAAUUACAACAAGAAUUCUCAUUUACUUAUUAUCUUUACCAAAACUAUCGGACAUGGGCCAUCAAGAGUAAGAAGUAGUCUUCAUGGAGAAAUCCUCACUGUUUCAAAGAACACUGAGAAGAAGAAACAGAAAACCAGAACCAUGAAGAAUAAUUUCAAGAAAAUAAUUCUGAUUCCAAAUUCAAGUUCUCAUCAAGAUGAUGAUGACUGCUGUAAAGAAUGUAAGAAUAUUAUUAGUAAUGAAAGAAAAAUGCAGCUGUAUUAUUUAUGCUUGGUUACAUAUGGAGCACCGUUCAUCACAUAAGUGCCAAGGGUGUCAUUCAUUUUUAUUAAGACAACCAUACAUAUAACAAACUUGAUCAUAAGUCCUGCUGCUUUCUGUUUGUAAAAAUAUAUAAUAACAAAAGGUGGGGCAACAUUGCCUAUUUUACCGUGUAUGAUGCCUUUUUUAAGAAAUUAAAGCUUGUGGAUAAAAUUCA